CUUCUACCAAGACUCCAAAUUUAUAAGAACAAAUGAUCGGGGCUUUGUAGGUUGUUUAGACACAUAUACUUGGAUCUAUCAAGACUCUAAAAUGGGACUAAUGGAGACUUACAAUUUGGAGGAGCGACUGGUAGGUUUAAUUGCUGCACAGAAUCUGGGCUUCUCUAAGGGCAGACCGAUUGCUGCUUGCAUUAUCUACAAAUGUCUUAUGCAGUGGCGGUCAUUUGAAGUUGAAGGGAGCAGCAUCUGUGACAGGAUAAUAGAAACCAUCGGCCAAGCUAUUGAGACUCAGGAUAACAAUGAAAUCUUAGCUUAUUGGUUGUCCAAUGCAUCAACUUUGUUGCUUCUGCUUCAAGGGCUCAAUCUUGACGGUGAAGCCAAAUAUCCUGCACUUCUGUUCAAGCAGAAGCUGACAGCUUAUGUGGAAAAGAUUUAUGGAAUGAUCCGUAAUAAUUUGAAGAAACAGAUUUUUCCAUCACUUGGAUUAUGCAUUCAGGCCCCAAGGAUAGCCAGAGCAAGCGUGAUUAAAGGACCUGCAGCUUACCUUGCAAAGGCCGCGACUCAAGAAAUUCUUAAUAAACACUGGGAAGAAAUUGUCAAAAGCCUUGCAAAUUUUUUGUUCAUGUUGAAAGCCAAUCACGUGCCUCCGUUUCUAGUUCGUAAAGUUUUUACACAAGUUUUCUUCUUCAUCAAUGUCCAAUUUUUCAACAGUCUCUUGAUAAGACGAGAAUGCUGCGCAUUUAGCCACGGUGAGUAUGUCAUGGCCGGGCUUGCUGAACUUGAAUUUUGGUGCAAUAAAGCAACCGAUGAGUAUGCAGGGUCUGCAUUGGAAGAGCUCAAACAUAUAAGACAGGCCAUAGGAUUUCUGCUCAUACAUGAGAAACCGAUGAAGACACUGGAUGAGAUAAGCCACGAUUUAUGCCCUGUGCUUAGCAUACAACAGCUGUACAGAAUCAGCUCAAUGUACCAUGACGACGAAUAUGGCACUCACAGUCUUUCCCCUGAAGUUAUAUCCGAUAUGAUUGUGCUAAUGACAGAAGAUUCAAACAAUCAUGUCAGCCGUUCUUUUCUGCUAGAUGAUGAUUCGAGCAUACCAUUCUCAGUGGAUGAUCUAUCCAAGUCAUUGGAACCGAUGGACAUUUCAGACAUAGAACCACCACCUCUCAUUUGCGAAAACGCAGGCUUUAGUUUCUUAUUACCUCGUGCAGACUGACAGCUUCUAUUAGCAAGCUAAGCCUGCAGAAAGGAGCAGACACCAAUUACUAAUAAAUGUUUCAAACUACGUACCCCGCCACAAGGAUUAUAUAUCGGCUGCUGGGUGAUAGAGUUAGGAGGCCAGGCCAGCAUUAUUCGUCUAUCGUCCUGGAUUUCAGCACGUAACCAUUCAGUGGGAGAUUUUGUUUCCCCCUUCAUAUUUAUGUUUCUUAGUUUCCUGUUUUUAGUUGUUUUCUGGCAUUCUGCAGAUAGCUUCUGCAGAGAAAGACAGAAAGAAGAUGAUGGAAAAGAAAGAGACAGAGACAUUUGGUUACUCUAGGAAACUUUUUUUUCCCUUAUCUUUAAAUCUUUCUAAGUUUCCUCUUUUUAGUUGUGUUCUGGCACACUGCAACUUCUGCAGUGAAAGACAGAAAGAAGAAGAUGAAAAAGAAACAGAUCAGAUGAAUACUAUACAGUUUUUGGUUAGACAUCCACCACAAUGCAAUUGGUUUCUCUGGGAAAUUUUG